AUGGAGGUGGUUCACUGGUCAUUGCCAGUGCACAUGACCAUGGUGACUCCACCCUCAGAGUCUUCCAUGGCUCUGCCCUCAGAAACUUUCAUGGCUCUGCCCUCUGAGUCAUCCAUGGCUCCGCCCUCAGAGUCUUCCACGAGUCCUCCUCCUGCAGUCACGUCCGCUCCUCCUGUGAAGACUCUCACAGCUCUGCCCACAGAGUCUUCCAUGAUUCCUCCUCCAGCGGACACAUCCGCUCUCCCAGAGACUCAUCCUCCAGUGGUCACGUCUGCUUCUGCUCUGAUUCCUCUUUUAGCGGCUCUGCCCACUCCUUUUGAGACUCCUCCUCCAGCUGCUCUACCCGCUCCACCUACGACUUCUCCUGAGUCUCAGUUCCCCUGCGGCUCUGCCGGCUCCACCUCUGAAUCCUCUUCCUGGAAUUCAAUUUCCUGCUCCUGCAGUUCUGCACAUACCAACAGUGGCUCCGUCCCCUGA